AUGGAAAGCGGAUAACAAACUAAAUAAGAAAUUAUUAAUCAUGAGCUCUUUAAGACAGCAACAUUUUUCGAUCCAGAUGUCUAAAAAGAAUCUGUCUAACAAAAUUAGCAUGAUGUAUCCUCCAAAAAAAGCUUGCAUCAACGUCAUCCAGCCAAUCCCUAAAUUUCUUCUGCCAACAUUUUUAAAUCAUAUGAUUAAUCUGUUAAUUCUGCUUUACUUCAAAAUAGUUUGUAAGGAAAUAGUACAAUGACUAAUAAAAAUCCACUCAUUUCUAUAUAAGAUAAUGUUAAUGAAGAGUUAUAACACGAUCAGCAGCCAGUAGUACCUCAAAUGCAAAGCUUUUAGUAGAGUAUGCACUCUUCUUCAAAUCGCAAAAGACCUCUAUUAGCUUUCAAGUUAAGUCCUAGUAGUACAAGAUCUUAUCAACAGUCUACUAAUUUAGAAGACAAAUAAUUGGACACAGAAUUUGAUUUCAUUCAAUCCGUUUAAGAUGCAGAGUUUUGGAAUAAAGUGAAUAUGAUUAUAUCUGAAAAGGAUGAAAACAAGGGUAAGUCUCAAGGUAGACUCAUUUCACUUCCAUCUAUCCACUAAAAAGGAAGUGAAUAUACUAGAAAAUAAGAGAAAACGAUUAGUAAAAGUUCAAUAAAUAACUAAUAUCUGCAAGGAUGGGAAAUGAGCUCAUCUUGCUCUACAAGAGAUUCAUUGCGCUAAAACUAAUAAUAACUAAAUCCUCCUCUCAGCCAGUAAAAUUAGCAAAUAUAAAAUAAGUAACUCAAUCAAAGAUAGCCUCUAUAAAAGCCAAUUCUGCAAUUCUCUUAGUCUUCUGUUGCUCUUAAAAUGAGUCCUUAAGCAUCUUCUUUUGGCGGUCAUUUAAAUUCCGUUGAUUAUUAAAAAAGUUUAUUAAGCACACCUUCAGUUAAUUUAAAGAAUUUGAUAUCUUCACCUUAAAAUCAAUAAAAUUAACAUUCCUUUUAACUAGAAUCUUUAAGGACUGAAGAGUCUUCUCAUAUUCUUUCUCCUGAAUCUAAUGCUUAUCCAUCUCCUAUCAUGGAUUCAUUUAAUCCUAGCAGUAAUUACUCAGAUUAGCUUUCUACAAAUCCUAAUACAAAUUCAACAGUAUCAUAGUCUCACAGUAUGUUUAAUUCCUAGUUUUCUUAGAAUUCUGCAGGAUAGCCUUACAUUCAGAACAAUUUACUUAUGAGAUAAAAAUCUCCAUAGAGCGAAAAGUUUACUUUUUCAGCUCAUGUUUUCUAAAAUGCAAAGCAAUAAAAACCAGAAAAUUAAUAAAUUGGGACUACUAUUUCUAAUAGUUAGUAUACUUAUGCGCAAAUAUAAUCAGAGAGAAUACCUACAAGGGAAGAUGUUUCCUACCCAAGUAUAAUUUCAAAGAACAACUAAGCAAUACCUCCACCCCUAAAAUUAGGAAAUUUACAAUAAUAAAGAAUCAAGAGAGACAACCAUAUGUCUCUAAAUUAGAGUAAUCAAAACGAUUUUUAAAUUUUGGCUUCUUCAAAAAGAAGUUAAGCUAUGCAAUCAUAUAAAUCACAGUAAGUAUUCAAAAACGAAGAAAAAAGCAAUUAGCUUAAUCAGGAUAUAAAAAGGAAGAAUGAAUUCAAAUAAAAUAUUCUCUUGAAAGACAAUAACAUGAGCAGCGUUAGCACUUUCUUUAAAAGAAAUAUUUAGCUUGAGCAACUUACUUCUCCAAGGCAAAGAACUGAUUCAAAUACAUUAUAGAAUUAAAACUAUGAUAUUUUUGACAACUAUCAAUUUUUAAAGUGCAACGAAGACAUAUCCCAUCCACUUUAUCUAAACAAUGACAACUAUACACCUAAUAGCAAAUAAUUAUAAACAGAUUAAUUCAAUCAAGUCCCAUUUGGGAAAAUAAACAAAUUAGCAUAAUCAAAUAAUAAAGCAGAAGAUCCUUUAAGAAGAAGCCUUUUCAAUAAUGGUUAAUAAUUAAAAAACGAUUUUAGUUUCUGCGAAGAUGGUUCCAAUAAUUUAUUAAAAAUAUCUCAAUCAGCUCAAGGCUAUAGAGAACAAGCUAAAAAAAUAAAUCUUAGAAGCAAGCAGCAAGAAAACCUAGUAAAAAAAUUAUUUAAAAUCGAAGAAAAAUCAUAAAAUUUAACUAAAAACAAUUACUUAAAUAACUCCAACUAAUAAAAGUAGUAAUAGGGCUAACAAGAUCAAAGUCAUUAAUGA